UGAACCUGAAAUGUAGGCAAUCUCAUCACCCCGUCAUUGCCGGCUCGACAAAGGGACGAACAUCGAUAGUAGUUACAACAUGCGACAAUGAGGAUAUUUAACAAAUUUCUCGCGACCUGCGUCGUAUUGCAACUCUUGUGUCAUAUAUGCACUACACACUUACUUAUAAACGUCAAAAAUCAGGGUGGUGACAUUCUUCUGGAAACGAUCUCAUCCAAUGUCACAGAAGACAUAAUCACUUUAGAAUUCCAACGUUCCGAUGGCACUCUGGUCACACAGCUCAUUGAUUUUAAAAACGAGGUUCAAGUCAUAAAGGCUUUGAUACUUGGUGAGGAGGAACGCGGACAAAAUCAAUAUCAAGUCAUGUGUUUUGUAAAUCAUUUUUACAAAGUAGACUUUAUAUCGUCUGAUGCAAUGUCCAAAUUACGUCAGAAGAACCCAGGUACUGUACGUGUAGCUGAAGAGGACAAAGGUCAUGUCAACUAUACGAUGGACCUGUUUCUUGAUGUUGCUCAGUCUAAGGAAAUCUCAAAGCAUGUUAUCACACUUUGUGGUGAAGCAGCUGGAUCAGCUUACACCAGGAACAACGAUAUUAAACAAUGGAUUCAGAGGCCAGGUUCCUCCGAAGAGCUACUCUUGGCUGCUAUAUAUAACUUUACAACCAUACCACAAACAGUUACAAAUGAUACAAGAUCCUUGUUAGUUUCCAAAUGUGCCGACACAUCCAAUCUUUGGGCACCUUGUACGUGUUCUCUGGAAUUAUGUAUUGGUUGGUAUCCGUGUGGUUUAAAGUUUUGCAAAGGAAAGUCUGAUGGCAAAAAAAUAGCUAGCACUUAUCGCUGCGGCAUAAAAACUUGUAAAAAAUGUUUCAUAUUCUCAUAUUAUUCUAAGAUGAAACAAAACUGUCUGUGGGACGAAUGACAUAUAAGGACAUUAUAGAUUGAAAAAUUGUUAAGCACGAACUGAAAAUAUCGAGACACAAGACGCAUUGAAAUAGAUAAAAAAUUCCCGAAUGAUGAAUUAGAAUUAAUUUUGAAAGGCUCAAACAACUCAAAGAGGUAUUUUAUAAUAUUAAAAUGUGAGAUAAAAAAUGAGAACAGAACAAAUCGAAAUUUUGAGUAUUUUUUUAUUAAUUUGAAUUUGUAAUUAUUUCUGAACUU